CGAACACGUGUACUAGCGCUUUAAUGUGUACGUCUUUACGUCAUUGUUUACGCUCAUUGUUACAGGAAGUUUGAAAGUAGUCAUCUGUCAAAACGAAAGGAGAGAAUUUUGAAGAACUGUUUGGUUAUUAUUAAACACAAGGUCGUACGAGUCCAGUUGUAUUCACCAAUAAUUAAAAGUAAAUAUAAUCAGUGCCUUUGACGUUAAAGGACGAAUACAGAGGAGAACUGCAAGAUCAUGCGGUCAAACCGGCCGGACGCUUAAACUUUUUAAACGGUUAUAUAAAGGCUUUAAACAGUGAAUUAAUUUACAGAUUUUGUGCAUUGUCUUCAUCUUCUACAAAAUGAUCUUUCUAUACAACAAGGGGAGAUUUCGCCUUAUUUCUGCGUUUGGAAGUGCACUUAACAGAAAAAGGACAUAUCAUUAUUACUUAUCAAGUCCUGACACAAAGCUCGAUCUGCUUUUGAGAAGUUCAGUAAGGUUGGUCAAAGAGUUAAGCACUUCAGUUCAAACUCUGCAGUAUGACCAGACAAAAUCUGACAUCACUAAGUCUCGCAACAGGAAGUUAUUUUUUGACACUCAUGCAAUGGUUCAACUAAUGGAGGACAACGGUUUCACAACCCAGCAGGCCGAGGUCAUUGUCAGGACUAUGGUGAACAUCACAAAUUCCAAUAUGGAUGUCAUGUACAGUGACAUGGCUACCAAGAUACAGCAAGAGAUCAUGUUACAGAAGGUUAUGUCUCAUAUUGCUGCUUUAAAAAAGGACAUGAUCAUUCUGGAGCGGAGUGAAUUCUCAGCAUUACUGGCUGAUAAUGACAAAAUCAAGGUUGAGCUUUUAGAGUUAAAGACACAGCUUGUUGAUGUGAUGAACAAAAGGCGCUCAGACAUCAUUUUGGAUCUGAAUAUAGAAAAAAGUCGAGUGAAGGAAAUGACUGCAGAUUUUGAAAGAAAGCUUAUUGGGACUAAGAAUGAAUUGAUGGAAAUGCAUUCCGAGCAGGAUCGCCAUGUGACGCAGACAAACAUGAAAAUCGAUACAGAGGUGGCUGGCCUGAAGACUUUGCUUGAGGCACAUAAACUUGAUUCCAUCAAAUAUCUUGCAGGUUCAAUAUUCACAUGUCUCACUGUGGUUCUUGGAUUCUAUCGAGUUUGGAUGUGAAUCUCAGAGGACUUUCUUUUUAAGAAAAUUUCUUAUCAUCUUUAGGUCAUUGAAAGUGCUGUGGCAUUCACAGACAUCCAAUGGGAGCAAUUUUACUUCUUAUUUAAGUUUAUUCUGUUGGCAAACUAAACAUUUUGAUAUACCUAGGUCAGAAGUAAAGCAUUUUUGCAUCAGGGUUUUUGGGUUCACGUCUAAUACAAUCAUACUGUUUAUUAAAGCAAUAAGCCCCAAGAAGCAGUGGGUUACCAGUGCAUUUUAUAACAUCUAAGGGGCGUUGUUAGGCACAUAUUACUCUUCCGCCAAACAAAGUAGUUCCUCAGAAUCAAGUGUGGCUGAAACAGAGCGCAGUUCCCAACCAACACCGACGCAGCAAAGACACAAUGAAAAUUUUAUUAAAGACUGUGGUGUUUAUUUUUAUAAAUCAACAUUCAUCUAAAAUAUACAUUAACAUUUAUAUUGUGCAACUGUUGUAGUGAUAAUCAAAUAUGCGUAGAGGUAUGCUUAACUUUAACUCUUCCCCGUCAGCGGUUUUUUUUUAAGUUGCCACCCAGUUUUAGUUGAAUGCCUUACAGAAAAAUAAUCUUCUUUAAAUAAACAUAAAAUAUCAAAUGAAAGAACAGUCCAUCCGCUUUAAAAAAAAGUUUCAGAAUACCCUCAUUUGUUCUCUUAUCACCUCUCAAAUGUUCAGCUAAAAGCGGAGAUAAUUCCAUUUUUUUAUCUGGAUAUCGCCAUUGUGCAAUUGUAGAAAAAUUAAAAAUAUGAUUAAAGACUGUGGUGUUUAUUUUCAUAAAUCAGUAUGCAGCAACAGUGACGCAGUGAUACUCCUGUAAUGCGGUCUGAACCGUGGGGUUACCGGGGUAUUUUAUCAUGGCUUAGAAUGCGUUUCAACCAAUCAGAAUGAAGAACCAGAACGGGCCGUUUUAUAAACAGCAUUUAAAAAUAUAUUCUACAGUCUUUAACCAAAACAUUUUUUGUCAUUUUACAAAAAACUUUUAAAGCAAUUAUUUUUUAUCUUUAAAAAAAAAUGCACACCGCAUGUUAUUACAUAAAAUGCCAACAGUCAUUUUAGGAUCAAGGGACAUCUUUUUGUCAUACUUCUGGGAGCAUUACACAUGCUGUUGUCAGAAUAACUGUAUAUGCCUACAAAGCUUGAAAAAAAUGAGUAGUGCCUAAUUCUUAUGAGACGUCCAUUGCACUGUUUCUGUGUGUCAUGUAGUUGUUGUAUAAUGUUGUUUGUCACAUUCCUGUAUCUGCUAUAGGGCACAAGUAGCACUGAGUUAAAUUCCCAAAGAACACAUGCACACUGAGAUGAAACAUGUAAUUCAAUCCUUUGCAUAAAAACAUUAAAUGCCCUUUUACUGAGAAUUUAUACGCACAAGAUGUACAAGAAUAUUUAUGUAUUUGUAUAAUAUGUGACAUUAAAAAGACUAAAUAUAAUAGAAGUAAAUAUGAUGAAUGUAUCAUUAUGUCUUUGAGAUCAAUAAAGUGAACAAUACUUUG